AUGAGAAAUCCAGACAUGGUGGGAAAUGGUGCACCUAUGAACGGACAGCAUAGUCAGAGUUAUGGACCUCAAAACAUGUUGCCAAAUGGAGCAGCCAUCGACACACAGAGAGGCCCAGGGAUGGUAAAUCAGAAUCAGCCUGGAAAUUAUGGUGGCGCGAGCGGAUAUGGAAACAUGGGACCGAGAAAUACCCCCGGAAUGUACGGUAACAUGGGACGCACUCUAGGAACCGCGAAUCCAUCAACUAGCGCUGUCACAGACGUUCAAGGAGGCGUAGAGAUGAUACUUCGAAAAAUAUACGUGCCGAUCGUGUUGGCAUAUACACCUAAUGUAGCAAAAGGUCGCACGUUAAAACACUCAGAACUGAACCGACUAUCUGGAGCGGGACUACCAGGUUUCAAGCCAACACUUACCUCAGCUCCUUACGUUUACCCAAUGAAUAGCAUUCGCGGACAAAGUUAUCCCCCCCAACAAUACGAUGGCCCUGUGGCGCAAGGGAAAUAA